CGCCCGCGCCCCGCCCGCGCCCCGCCCGCGCCCCACGGAACCUAGAGUCGCAGGCGCGUUCCUGGAGGACGGAAUUCGGCGUCGGACUCUGCGCCCCGCAUAGUUCCGGUGGCGACUGCGGCCCAUGGCGGCCCUAGGACAUCUUGCUGGGGAAGCAGCGGCGGUCCCAGGCCUGGGUACUCCCUGCGCGUCCCGCAGACACCGGCUUUCCGGCCCGGUUUCCAGCGCCGGGAAUCCUUCCACUGUCUGUCUCUGCCCAGGGCAACCUACGUGCAGUAACGCUGACUCCAGAGCUCACCCGUUAGGCGAUGAAGGCGGCACAGCAUCGAAAAAACAAAAUAAGAAGAAGAAAACCCGGAACAGGGCCUCUGUGGCAAAUGGAGGCGAGAAGGCCUCAGAGAAACUCGCCCCAGAAGAAGUUCCCCUAAGCGCUGAGGCCCAGGCACAACAGUUGGCCCAGGAAUUGGCUUGGUGUGUGGAGCAACUGGAGCUGGGCCUCAAGAGGCAGAAACCCACCCCGAAGCAGAAAGAGCAGGCUAUUGGAGCAAUCCGAACCCUGCGCAGCAAAAGAACGCCCCUGCCCCGGAAGAGGCAGCUGAUGCACUCCUUGUUUGGAGACUAUAGGGCUCAGAUGGAAGCCGAAUGGCGUGAGGCCCUGCGGGCUCUCAGAGCUGCUGCUUAUUCAGCCCAGGUGCAGCCUGUAGAUGGAGCCACCAGAAAGAAGAGCCAAAGGGUCUGCAGGCCUCGCCCUAUAUGGAGAGCCAAAGCCACUCUGGACAUGCCUGAUGAAGAGUUUAAGUUCAAUUUCUUUUAGCUUCUCCCCCAACCUGAAACAAUCCCCCUCCCUUGGGGUGGUGUAGGGGUUUGUUUUGAGUGCAGAGCAUUUCCAGGACUUCUGUUGUCAGAGAACCCUGGAGUUGGUCUGUCCCUGGCUGGUCCAAGGAUUUGUAGCUGUUGUGAAGGUGUGAGACCAUCAGAUAGGCAAAACACCCCAUUCGUUUUCUGAUGAAAUAUUCUCUCUUUCAGAAGAGAGAGUGGUACAUUUAGAAAAUAUGCAAUAAAUUGAAGUGAGUGUUUGCUUGAUGUUUGCUGGUGUCUUCCAAACUCAGUUCCCAGACUAGAUUGAUACCUGGAGCCCAGCUGCCUACUCAACAUUUCCACUUGGGUGCUUCAUAGGCAUUUCAAACCUGACAUGUUUAAAACACUUGAUUAGGCUCUGGUUUCCCUUUUGCUUCUGCUUUUCAGUGAAUGGCAUGACUGCCUGUGUGGGUGGCAAGCCACCCAGGUGCUGAGGCAAGAGACCGAGGGCACGAGCUGUUCUAGUAUAAUAAAAUAUAUAAAAUAAGAGUUAUUUUAGAUUUAGGUCAUAGACAUGAUUAUAUGUGAGUAUCGUUAAUCAUUAGUUUGUAGCAAUUACUCUUUAUUCCAAUAUUAUAAUAAUCCUUACUUUACAAUCAUAACCUAGGGAAAACCAGGCCAUCCAGAGAUAGGAGCUGAGGGGACAGAGUGAGAAGUGGCCAGAAGACAAGAGUGUGAGCCUUCUCUUAUGCCCAGACAGGGCCACCAGAGGGCUUCUUUGUCUAGCAGUAACACCAGUGUCUGGGAAGAUGCCUGUUGCCAAGUGGACCAUGGUCUAGCAGUAGCGUCAGUGUCAAGGAAAAACACCCACUACUUAGCAGACUGGGAAAAGGAGUCUCCCUUUCCCUGGGGGAGUUUAGAGAAGACUACUCCUCCACCUCUUGUGGAGGGCCUGGCAUCAGUCAGGCCCGCCCGCAGUUAUCUGGAGGCCUAACUGUCUCCUUGUGAUGCUGUGCUUCAGUGGUCACACUCCUAGUCUGCUUUCAUGUUCCAUCCUGUAUACCUGGCUCUGCCUUUUAGAUAGCAGGAGCAAAUUAGUGAAAGUACUAAAAGACUGAUAUGCAGAAAUAAUGGCAUAAGCUGUCUCUCUCCUCUCUCCUUCUGCCUUAGCUGCCAGGCAGGGAAGGGCCCCCUGUCCAGUGGACACAUGACCCAUGUGACCUUACCUAUCACUGGAGAUGGUUCAUACUCCUUACCCUGCCCCUUUGUCUUAUAUUCAAUAAAUAUCAGUGCAGCCUGGCAUUUGGGGCCACUAGUGGUCUCCACGUCUUUGUGGUAGUGGUCCCCCGGGCCCAGUUGUCUUUUCUUUA